UCUCCCUGUUGUUACAGUAAACAUGAUCGAGGACCGGAAUCGCUGAGAAAAGUUUUCUGUCGGUGGAAUAUAGAUGAUGGAAAUGAAAACUCAAUAUUUUGAAUAAUGGCAGCAAUGUUUCAAGAGAUCAGACCAUCAAUCGAAACUUUGGAAGCGGAUAUUCAGCCAUCCAUUGAAACUGUCUGCCCAGUGGAAGGCUGUGACAAAACAUUCAAGAAUUCAUCACAUCUGAGUCUCCACAAAGCUAAAGUCCAUGGAAUUGAAGUGGAUAAGUUGAAGUCUAAAGGAAACGGUGGAAUACCUUGUCACUAUCACUGCCCAGUAUUCGGCUGCUACUACCUUAGAGAGAGACACUUUGCCAACUACAAACUCCUCAAAAAGCACUAUGGAAGCAUUCAUGGAGGCAAGAAGUUCACCUGCUCCAAAUGCCAGAAAGCGUUUGGCUUUGACCAUGCCAGGAAGCGUCACGAAGGCACCUGUGGUGUGAUAUAUAAGUGUCACACGUGUGAUUGCCCCUACACCACAAAGGAAGCUCUAAUGAUGCACUGUACUCGCAAGCUACAUGAACUUCCAGAUUCUGUCAAGGAAACAAUGAGAAAGUUUAACUCAGAAAAGUCCAAAAACAUAUGUCGUAAACAGACAAAGCCUGACCCCCCAGCGAACAAAUCCAACUCCUGUCCCCAGCCCUGCGUGAUCUUCGUGUCUCAGAUGGACCCCCAGGUCAAUACUGCCCCUGGGCCACUACGCCAGAUCCUGCCCAAACCCAUGAUUAAAACAGUCAUUCCCAUGACAAGAGUCACUGUCAAUUCCAAUAAGAUAUCCGUGGAAAAGUUUGACUUCCCUGCCAAACAGACCGCUGAAAUACAGACGGACAUCUAUGGCGUCAGUAACCCCCUAGAACAGAGAGCUGUGGUUAAGGAUCCAUCCAAUCUCCAUUUGUCAAAAAAUGUUGCCAUGGCUACCACAGCAACACAGGUUUCACUUGGCAAAUCUCACGUGAUUGUUCCAUCUCAUUCUUUGGUGACAUCAUCGACAGGGAUGCAGACAAAUCUCAGCAUCCUGUCUACUAAGAAACGACAUUGUUCCAUUGCCGAAACUCAGACUCCAGGUGAUUUAAUUCUUAAGUCAGCCAUGGCAAGUGCAGAUAUUCCUUUCCACGAUCUCAGGGGUGGCGAUAAAGGUCAAAGAUCACCUAGGGCAAGGGGUAAAGCUCCAAGGCGGCGCAGCUUGAAGACCUCGGAGGUUCAAACCAGGGAGACAUAUCCACCACGGAAGAAGAAGAGACGCCGGAAUUCUGGCAGACAAAUGGUUGCGGCUGAGUGCAAUACAGACAACAUUGGCCCCCUGCUUCCACCAGCGCUCCCUGCUGCCAGAACUGAGCAAAUGUCCACUCAGACCCAGAAAAGUUUCUUAGAAGAGUUUGGUCACUACAGACAGCAACCGGUACAGAACUCAGAAACACAGACAAGCUUGUCCACGUUGUUUAAGAAUAUGAGAGAGAGCUUACUUAUGGAAGAGAAUCCGGCCAUUUUGUCAGAUCUUGGAUUAACAUUCAGUGAUGCUCAAGAACAGUCUGUGGUUGACACUGGAUGUGGGCCAGGAACAUCUGUGAUUGACACUGGAUGUGGGCCAGGAACAUAUAUGAUUGACACAGGAUGUGGACCAAGAACAUCUGUGGUUGACACAGGAUGUGGACCAAGAACAUCUGUGGUUGACACUGGAUGUGGGCCAGAAACAUCUGUGAUUGACACUGGAUGUGGACCAAGAACAUCUGUGGUUGACACUGGAUGUGGGCCAGGAACAUCUGUGAUUGACACUGGAUGUGGACCAAGAAUAUCUGUGAUUGACACUGGAUGUGGACCAAGAACAUCUUUGGUUAAGUCUGGAUGUGGGCCAGGAAUGUCUUUGGUUAAUUCCAGUGACCAAAGAAUGCUGAUGGUUGACACAGGCUGUGACCCUGGAAUUCAAAUGGUUGACACCGGGUGUGGUUCAGGAACGUCCAUGGUUGACACCGGGUGUGGCUCAGGAACGUCCAUGGUUGAUGCUACCUGUGGAACAGAUGCCUUCAACAGGACUUCAGUUCCAUGUCAAGGUACAUUCACACAGACAAAUGCGGAACCAGAAGUAGAUUUCCUCUCAGUUUCGACUCCCUGUUUCCUGGAGCUUCUAGAAGGAGAUGCAUCACCAGCACCUACUGCAGGACUCUCAUCAGCUGUGUGCUCAGACACACAUCAGACGAGGUCACUCGGAUCAAACUCACAGUUCCAUAGAGACAAAAUCGGUCAGACAUCUAUUGAAGGCUCUGAUGACAAUGCUGACCGAAGACUCUCAGAGAGUCCUUUGCAUCAGAGGAAUACUCAUCAUGGCAUUCCAAUGACCCCUCCUAAACACAUGAACACAAGCACUACAGACACAGAUCCUUACACCUCAUCCUAUUCCUCCUCCUCCUCCUCCACUGUUUUUGGCCGCCAUAUCACCCUGGGUCAAUCCACAAAGGAGGUCGAGUCUUUAAAUGUUUGGAAUCCUUGCUUGGCAUCUACUGCUGCCAAACAUAUACACACUCAGACCAUGUUGCCAAGGUCUGUGGAUUUCGGUGCCCAGACUCCUGCUGCUCAAUCUCAGACUUUAGACUUUCUCGACUCCCAUGAUAAUCCUCAUAUGGAAGGUCAAGGUCCAAUGUUGUCAUCAAGUGCGAGCACAGAUAUGCACACGCAAACAGCCGACGAUCUUCUCGACUUCCUCAUGACGAAUAUGGAGACACAAACAGACGAUCUGUUCAUAUCUGGCCUUGGCUUAUCAGACAUUGAGACUCAGACACCGGCAGAGAAUGAUUCGCUGGAUACUCUUGUGACAACGGAGACGCAGACCAAUAUGCAGUCAUUGGUCCACGAGGAGAAUGAUCUCACGCUCUUCACCGACAUGCAGACUCAGACCCAGUUUAAUGUCGUGGAAUUCAGUUCAAAUGAUCUCACAGACUCUCAUACUCAGACAAAUUUUGAACUUUUUAGCUUGUGAUAUGUUGGCAGUGUGUAACUUACAGCUUCUUUAGCCCAGUGAUCAGAGAGAUUGCUUGUCACAUCGACACCAAGGCACUCCUUGGUCUACUUGGAUAGUGUUUGUGUCAUGACUGAUACUGUUUGUGACAAGACCGAUAGUGUUUGUGACAUGACCCAUAGUGUUUGUGUCAUGACUGAUACUGUUUGUGACAUGACCGAUACUGUUUGUGAUGUGACCAAUACUGUUUGUGUCUUGACUGAUACCAUUUGUCAAAUGAAAGAAAAGAGCAAAAUUCUAGGUAGAAAUUAUGAACUUAUUUGAAUAAAAAUUUCUAAAAAAAUAACCUUUAGCCAGAUUUAACACAUUACACUUUUAAUCUUCAAAUUUGAUAGAUGUUGACAUUACACACAAGAGGGGGUGUGACAAUGGCCUUUUUGACCCACUGGUAAUAUCAAAUUUUAAAGUUACAGAUAAGCUCUCAUUUGACGAUUUCAGUAAUCUGCUGACCAUAUGGCCACAAAGGGCCUUUAUCAUGUUUAUCAUCCAAAACUGGCUUGGGUGACAAGACCAAUACUGUUAGAUAUUGUAGAUAUUGCUGCAAUGAAAUUGCAUCACAAUGCUUUGCUGACCAUUGUGACGUCAUUGGUUACCAUGAUGUCACAAUCAAAUGUCAUCACUAAUGGCUCUGCUACUGAAGCUGUUAGCAGUACUUUUACAUCCAUUACACUUUCAAAAAUUUUGAUCAAAAACUUGGUCCAAGAAAACCUUUUUUUGGUCCAGGUUGGGCUGUUUACACUCAUCAAAGAUUUUGACUGUCCGUCAAAGAUUUGGCGGGAAUUUUCUUGCCAAGAUGGAUGCUUCUGACGAAGAAUGUUUUGCUGUUGUCAUAUGUAUUUUGUGUAUUGCCAUGUUGAGAAGGUGGCGUUGGGGGUAGGCAAAGGCAUAUUUGGUCCCGAGAAUGGCUGCUUGUUGUUGAACAAAAUCAAUUAAUUCUUCCAACAUCUCGUCAGUCCAAAAUAGUUGGCUCAUUUUGACUUGACUCUAGGCACUUCCGGUUGAAAAGGGGUAAAUGUUCCUUGCAUUCUGAUUGGCUAAAUCUAAUCAACGGCAUGGUUUGACGAGAAAUAGGAUCGGUUUCUAUUCCAUCAAAGUCCGUCAAAAACUUUGUCAAUCCUUUUUGGCAGCAUCUCACACUAUCAAAAACUUUGUCAAAAUGGACUUUGACCAAGUUUUUAAUCAAAGUUUUUGAUAGUGUAACAGGGCUUAAGACGUUGCUUAUUACUGUCCAGAAACUGAAAAAGUUGGAAGAAUGUUGUUGGAUGAUAAAUAAAAUCUCACCCUCGUGUCUUUUGAUAAAAGACACUCGGGUGAGAUUCUCUCUGUUUACCAUACCUUGUCCGUUUAGAAUGUGUGGAGUUUGUAAUACUGGUCAUGACCAAGUCUGUGUAACUCAGUGUUACCUUUUUCCCCAUUGCUCAUCUUGAUUAGCUGUGUGCAAUACUUUCAUGACCUGAAAUAUUUAAUCUUAUUUUGUGAUCUUAUUUAUUGAAUAUUAUGCAACGGUUUUAUAUAUUUACCUGCUCAUGUAUGUGAUCAUCUUUCAAGGGAUUGAAUUGCUGUUGACAGUAUGAAUUGCACAAAUAUCAACUUUGGUCGUUUUUACAUAGCCAGUAGUCACUGUUGUCUCAAAGUUGCCAGGAUAAAAGCCACUAGAAAACUGACGCAGUACUGUUAUUUCUUUAGGUUACCAGCCUAUACACUUUCUUAGCCACGAGAAAAAUGAUGCUGUACUGUUACUUAUUUAGUUAACCAGCCUAUACACUUUCUUAGCCACCAUAAAACUGAUGCUGUACUGGUAUUUAUUUAGUUAACUAGCCUAUACAAUUCCUUAGCCACUAGAAAACUGAUGCUGUAAUGCUAUUUAUUUAGUUAACUAGCCUAUACAAUUCCUUAGCCACCAGUAAACUGAUGCUGUACUGGUAUUUAUGAAGUUAACCAGCUUAUACAAUUCCUUAGCCACCAGAAAGCUGAUGCUGUAAUGCUAUUUAUUUAGUAAAGACUCAUUGUUAUAGUUUUUGUUCUCUAUCUUUUUGUUACCUGAAAUAAAAUUAUUUACUUGAA